AUGGCUGCGCUUGUAGAGGCUGAGCGGAUGGAAAAGGAGAAGGCGCUUGUGGAGGCGCAGCAGCGGGUCAAUAUGCUGAGGGAGACGGUGAGAGUAAUGGCGAAUCGUCAGGUGACGCUGAUGGGCAAUAAGCGACGCCUUGAUAUCUCCACGAAGGAGCUGACGCGCCUUUCCGCCGAUCAUCGCGUGUACGAAGGCGUUGGCCGCGUGUUUCUGCGCGCGCCUGUGAACACCCUCAUAGAGAAGCAGACGGCGCAGGCUGAGAGCUGUGAGGCGGAGGAACGACGCCUCUCGAACGAGAAGCGCCGCGUGACCGAGCAGCUGCAGAAGGACGAGGCGCAGCUGCGCGAGGCAGCAGAGGCGUACGUGGCAGAGAUGAACGCAAGACAGCGUCAACAGCAACAGCAGUAA